GGCAGCUGCCAGGGGCAGAUCCAGUGUCGGCUUAUCGGAGAGAAGUCCACGCGGGCCGGGCAGAGGGAGAAAGGACCUUUGUUUCCAGCAGGGGAGCACCCCGUACCAGCCCACCUCAGCCCCUCACUUGCUGGCCCCCCACAGCCUCCCUUGGAUUGUGUAGUAUGAGUAGAAUGUAGGUUACUGUACACUGAAAGUAUGGGACCAACCAGGUUCAGAGAAAUCCUCCAAGACACAAAACAACUCUUAACAACAACCCUACAGUACCUUCACACCUAAUACCCUAUCUGCCUCACCCUCUCCCCACCUCCCCCAGUCCACACACGCACACACACAUACAUACAUACACACACACACACACACACACACACACACACACACACACGCACACGCACACGCACACGCAGGCUGCUGCUCCCCACAUGCCUCCCAGGCCAGCUUAACUUUACUGCUCCCCGCUGUGGCGGCCCGUCAGGGUCAUCAAACAGAAUGUACAACAUAAUUUACAACCCAAGCAGGCCCCUCUCUGCUCCACUUUCCCCUAGGCCCAACACCCUCUCCUGGGCUAGCGAUGUGCCCUGGGAGGGAGGGGAAUGUAACUUCAGGUUGUUGUGGACGUGUUUUAUUGGAGGAGUUUUAACUUUUACCUCUGAGGGCAGUUACAGGUAGUUAGAUGGUACACAGUUUUUAUUUUAUUUAUUUUUAUUUUUUAUUUAUUUAGCAGACACUCUUAUCCAGAGCGACUUACAGUUAUUUUUUUAUUUUUCAUACUGGCCCACCGUGGGAAUCGAACCCACAACCCUGGCGUUGCAAACGCCAUGCUCUACAGUUCUAAAGAGGUGAUGUUUUUUUACUGUGGUGGUUGAGUGAGGAGGGUGUAGACAUAUAGGGGAGUCAAUGGGGCACUACAUUAGUCUACAGGUAGUACUGCAGUUCAGUGUGCUGUCAACUCUAGCUUUGGGAUUGUUUUACAGUUGGCUUAGUUCCCUGUUGGUAAGAAACAAGACCAAUACAGAUUGAUAGAUAGGUCAAUAAUGUGUAUUGUAUUCUUAAAUAGUUUUUUUUCCAAGUAAUUCUUUCCACAGCUCACCACAACAACAACAAGAAAUAAACUCUGAGAAAUAUGUCAUCUAACCUAUGAUCUCAUUUACUGAUAUUCAGCACCACAAUACAUUCAUUGUGUUUGUGUUGUGUCUCCAUAGGAUGUGUUUGGGCAGAGUGGGAGUCGGCGUGGGGAUGGGACAUGGGGUCCCCGCCAGAAAGGCUCGGUGGGACGAGGGGACGUCUUUGUGGUGGACGAGGACACAGACCUGGCUGAUCCAAACCUCCAGGGGGGAUAUCUCAACCCUCAGUGGAAACCCAGCAGGCAGGGCCCCAAAGACAGCCACGAGGGCAAGCCAGAGCCCUCCUCCAAACUCCUGGAGGAGAACAUCACCACGGACAAGAAGACAAAAGACUCUGGAGGGAGGGGCGUCGGCCUGUUUCCCGCAAAACCCUCGGAGGACAUCAUUAUUGAUUUGGACGCUGGCUCUUUCCCGAAGAAGCCCUCUGUGGAGUUUCCCCGCGUCGUUAAGACUCAGAUAGAGACCCCCCUGGACCCGGAGCACCCAGACUCUAACCUGCUGAGAGAGGAGGUGGAGGGGCCUCAGACCCCUUCUCGGACUGCACUCGCCCCCACCUCAGAGCCCCCUGCCCCACCUUUGGAGGCUGUGACUGAGGAGCGGAGACCAACCACACACAUCCCCACCCAGCCUGACCCAAACCCUGACCGGGCUAAUACUGUGGAACGAGGACCAGAACGCCCAGGCACAGUGACCAUCGUACACAGGGAAGGGGACCUGGUUCUGGGCUCUGAUGGCCAGAUGUAUAGGCUCCAGAGAGGGCCCCCAGGCAGAAUGGGGGCCCCAGGAAAGGAUGUAAGUGUCUUCUUCAUCUUCCUCAAAUCUUUCGCUGUGCCAGUGCUCAUGUGUCAUGUUGUGUAACGUUUAAUGGUCAUGUUUAUGGAGGGUGAUGCUUACUGCUUUGGACAGUUCAUUAGUAGCAUUGAUGCUAGAGUAGAGAUGGUUGUCUUGCUGUUAUGUAAACAAGAGAACAAACCUAACAUAAUAAUAAUAAUAAUAAUAAUAAUAAUAAUAAGAAGAAGAACUUUAUUUGUAUAGCGCUUUUCAAUACAAGUAACAAAGUUCAUAAAAGAAUGUGUGGAGCAUUACGAAUGAGAAAAUCUAUUCUGUGUUUGGCCAUUAGGUUCUGCAUCAGUCUGAAUAUAAUCAACAGCCUUGAUCGACCCUGAUGUCUUUCAUGUUCUUAUCCUCACAUUAGCUACUCCACAGCUCCAAAUGGCACCACAAGUGUCAACGCCUUCAUCACUGCAUUAGUCGCGGCAAUCAUAUCAACGAGCCUCUUUGAUUGGUGGAGGGGGCGUGAAGCCCUUAGGGCCGCCAGAACCAGACCCAGAUGAGACCCAGAUGGAGCAACAUCUGGCCCACAGUUUGGCCCUGGUCCUGGAGCCUCAGCCUGGCUCUCUGGCUGCUGUAAAAGCCUGGGAUCACUCGGCACCAUUACUGUGAUUUAUCCCGGCUGUAGAGAACAUGAAGGAAGAUGUCCUGCUGGCCAGGAGUAAAAGGCUCUGUAGUGGAGAAGGCUGCAGUAAUUAAGCCCCCUCUCAUGUAAAGCAAGGCUAUGGUCUUAUGGUCUAGAUGUCCUGGCGAUAGCACUGUAUGUCAGGCCUGUGGAAGGUGUGUGUGUGUUUGUGACUGUUAGGUGAGGCUGGUCUGGCUAUAGCCGCUGACACCACUAGAAAGGACAUGGACGUAUUUGAGGAAUUUCUGUGUCCUUGUUGCAUGUAAAUCUUCCGUGAUAACGGAGCUUUACCAACUCAUGCUGACAUGAUGUGACAUAUACACUGAGUGUACUAAACAUUAGGAACACCUGCUCUUUCCAUGACACGUAGUCCCGUGUAGCUCAGUUGGUAGAGCAUGGCGUUUGCAACGCCAGCGUUGUGGGUUCGUUUCCCACGGGGGACCAGUAUGAAAAAAAAUAAUGCACUCACUAACUGUAAGUUGCUCUGGAUAAGAGCGUCUGCUAAAUGACUAAAAUGUAAAAAAAAAUUAAUAGACUGACCAGGUGAAUCCAGGUGAAAGCUAUUAUCCCUAAUUGAUGUCACUUGUUAAAUCUGCUUCAAUCAGUGUAGAAGAAGGGGAGGAGACAGCUUAAAUAAGGAUUUUAAAGUCUUGAGACAAUUGAAACAUGGAUUGUGUAUGUGUGCCAUUCAGAGGGUGAAUGGGCAAGACAAAAAUGUUUGUGUCUUUUUUUGAACGGGGUAUGGUAGUAGGUGCCAGGCGCACCAGUUUGAGUGUGUCAAGAACCACAACGCUGCCUGGUUUUCAUGCUCAACAGUUUCCCGUGUGUAUCAAGAAUGGUCCACCACCCAAAGGACAUCCAGCCAACUUGACACAGCUGUGGAAUGCAUUGGAGUCAACAAGGGCCAGCAUCCCUGUGGAACGCUUUCGACACCUUGAGUCCAUGCCCUGAACAAUUGAGGCUGUUCUGAGGACAGAAAGGGGUGCAGCAGUGUUCUUAAUCAAUCAAUCAAAUGUAUUUAUAAAGCCCUUUUUACAUCAGCAGAUGUCACGAAGUGCUUAUACAGAAACCCAUUCUAAAACCCCGAACAGCAUUCAAUGCAGAUGUAGAAGCACUGUGGCUAGGAAAAACUCCCUAGAAAGGCAGGAACCUAGGAAGAAACCUAGAGAGGAACCAGGCUCUGAGGGGUGGCCAGCCCUCUUCUGGCUGUGCUGGGUGGAGAUUAUAAGAGUACAUGGCCAUUAAGGCCAGAUCGUUCUUAAAGAUGUUCAAACGUUCAUAGAUGACCAGCAGGGUCAAAUAAUAAUCACAGUGGUUGUAGAGGGUGCAACAGGUCAGCAUCUCAGGAGUAAAUGUCAGUUGGCUUUUCAUACCCGAGCAUUCAGAGAUCGAGACAGCAGGUGCGGUAGAGAGGGAGAGAGAGAGAGGGAGGGAGAGAGAGAGGGAUGAUUUUGUACACUCAGUGUAUGAUAGUUUACUAAAAAGACCAGAACCGGCUUGCCUAUAUACAUAGACAUGGAACACUAGUCACUUUAAUAAUGUUUAAAUACUGAUUUACUCAUUUCAUAUGUAUAUACUGUAUUCUAUUCUACUGUAUUGUAGUCAAUGCCACUCCGACAUUGCUCGUCCUAAUAUUUAUAUAUUUCUUAAUUCCAUUCUUUUACUUUUAGAUUUGUGCGUAUUGUUGUGAAUUGUUAGAGACUACUGCACUGUUGGAGCUAGGAACACAAGCAUUUCGCUACACCCGCAAUAACAUCUGCUAAAUAUGUGUAUGUGACCAAUACAAUUUGAUUUGAUUUGAUUUAGAACCAUCAACCUCAGUUUUCUUUUGUGUUGAAUGCAUUGUACCAUAUUCCUUGUGGUUGAUUGGUGAUGGUUGAUGUUACUGUAUUGGAAUUUCUCCCCACUAAGAGGAAGCCAGUUUGUUAGUUUGCUUUGCAGCUUCCAUAGAUUCCACAGGGCAGCAGUGCCAAGGUUAGACGCAUGGCCAUAUCACCGUGUUCUUUAGGCUUCUGAAAGCUUGUCUUUUAACUGGCUUAAUGGGCAUCUAAACUGUGGGGAGGAAGUCUUUUGACUUUCAUAGGUGGAAACCCUGGUAAAGGAAAGCUUUACUGGGGUCAGCUGCUCUCUUCUGACUGCCUGUCUCAGUCUGUUAAUAGUGGACAGGGCAGAUGUUGUAACCCAUUUAGUAGUUAAUGUUUAUAACAGUACGCUACUAAGCUGUAGAUGCAUAUGAUGCCUCAUGGGCUCUUUGUCAACACUCAUUUGGAUUUUAGGAUUAAUCUGUUAAUCAAUGUGUUGUUGUUUGUUGUUGUGCUUGAGCUUACUAGGGCAUUGGUUACUUCACAUGUGAUUGUAUGAUACAGGAGCUAUAUGAGAAGUUAAGAAGUCUGUCCCUCUGAACUCCACUACAUCUAUGAAUUAACUUGAAUUAAUAUCUCAUGUUCUGUUCUCUCUCUCUCUCUCUCUCUCUUGCUCUCUCUCUCUUGCUCUCUCUCUCUCUCUCUCUCUCUCUCUCUCUCUCUCUCUCUCUCUCUCUCUCUCUCUCUCUCUCUCUCUCUCUCUCUCUCUCUUGCUCUCUCUCUCUCUCUCUCUCUCUCUCUCUCUCUCUCUCUCUCUCUCUCUCUCUCUGUUUCUUUUGUCUUUUACUUUCUCCAGGGUUUUCCCGGUUACAGUGGCUUACGUGGGUUUAAAGGUGACAGGGUAAGAGGAGCUGAUGUUUUGGAAUGGCUUGAGGUGGCAUAAAUGUAUGACAUAAUGGCCUAUGGGUUAGUCUGCUUGACCUCACAUACGAAUGCACCUUAACUUUGUCUUAGUAAAUUAUGGAACUGCGUUAGGAUCAGAGCAUGAGCAGCUAUUUUUUUUACGACUGAAGUUUACAUAAUAAGUAAUGUGUUUACAGCAAUAAACCCCUAGCUUUUCAGCCUCUCUUUGACUCCAAGUCCUCCUGUAAAUGUGCUAUCCCUCACAGUCCAAUAUGACUGACUGUAUGACUUCAGCUUACUCAUUCUAGGUGUAGAUAUGGUAACUAAUACCUAUGAUGUUUCUCACAGGGCCAGCUGGGGCCUGAGGGAUGUGUAGGGCGACAGGGGGAUCCAGGCCCCCCCGGCCCAGCUGGUCUGCCGUCUUUCUACCUGUGGAAGAACACUAUUGAGGAGUGGGCUGCUUUUCGGGUGAGUUGACAACCCCCAUUCCAUCCCAAAUCCUACUAAAAGCAUUGCAUUUGGGACAAACCAUUCACUAAACCCUAAACCUCAACCAAAUCUUGUAAUUAAUAAUGUGGAAAUUGAGCAAGUUGAGGAGACUAAACUGCUUGGUGUAACCCUGGAUUGUAAACUGAAAUGGUCAAAACAUAUUGAUGCAACGGUAGCUAGAUGGGGAGAGGUCUGUCCGUGAUAAAGCGCUGCUCUGCUUUCUUGACAUCACAAUCAACAAAACAGGUCGUACAGGCCCUAGUUUUGUCUCACCCGGUCACCCCAAUGCCACAAAGAAAGACAUAGGCAAAUUGCAGUUGGCCCAGAACAGAGGAGCACGACUGGCCCUUAAAUGUACACAGAGAGCUAACAUCAUUGACAUGUAUGUCAAUCUCUCCUGGCUCAAAGUAGAGGAGAGAUUGACAUGUAUGUCAAUCUCUCCUGGCUCAAAGUAGAGGAGAGAUUGACUGCAUCACUACUUGUCUUUGUGAGAGGUAUUGACGUGUUGAAUGCACAAGCUGUAUGUUCAAACGACUAGCACACAGCUCAGAUACCCAUGCAUACCCCACAAGACAUGCCACAAGGGGUCUCUUCACAGUCCCCAAGUCCAGAACAGACUAUGGGAGGUGCACAGUACUACACAGAGCCAUGACUACAUGGAACUAUUCCAUAUCAAAUAACUCAUGCAAGCAGUAAAAUUAGAUUUAAAAAAAACAGAUAAAAUUGCACCUUAUGGAACAAUGCGAACUGUGAAGAGACACACACACAGGCACUCACACACACAUACAUUGUAAUAUUGUUGUAUGGUGGUAUUAUAAAUGUUGUAUUUUACAUACUGUAUGUAGUGGUGUAAUAAUGUUAUACAAUGUACUGUUUUAUUUUGGGGGUUUUGUGUGAUGUAAGUGCCUUAAUGUGUUUGGACCCCAGGAAGAGUAGCUGCUGCCUUGGCAACAGCUAAUGGGGAUCCCUAUUAAAUAUAAAAACCUCAGCCCACCUCACUUAUAAUCAGCCUCACUCCAAACCCAACUCAAACCUGUCACACCUCAACUCCAACCCCAAAUCCCACCCCCAGCCAUAACCCAACCUUGCCCCAACUCUCACCUAAAGGCGUCUGCAUACUAGGUUCAGUUUGGUCCUAGCAGAACUCGGCUAGGUGAAGUGAACGUCUGUGCCUUGCAUACUCCCUUAUAAGACCGUCGCUUGAAAAACUAGAAAAAAACGGCAGUAGUACUGUUUGUCGCUUUUUUUAAAAAGAUACAACUCAAGAAAUCUGUAAUACAUUUUGACGUUUUUGCUGAGGAGGUCUUAGUCGCAAACCUUUAUAUCUAACUAAUAUGUUUGGUGCAGUAUUUCUGAAGUUAAAAUAUAAAUCAUACAAAUAUAUACACAAACUGUUUCGGAUGCGUAUCAUGCGGACGCCUUACCGUAACUCCACAAGGACAUACAGUAUUAGGCUAUGACCCUGUAGACUGCCUGUGCAGGGUUGCAUAAUUCUGGUAACUUUCCCCAAAUUCCCAGGUAUUGCCGAGAGGUUUUCCCAGGCUAGCUGUACAUUCUUUGACCCCACACUGUUGGUGUGUGUGAGCCGGUGCUCCAUCUAUCUCUCAUCAGUUUUAUCCCCCUGCCUGAGUCUGAGACUGACCACAGCUGCAGGCUGUAUAGUACAGCAUGACUAUCAGCGUGACAGAAAACUGCAUGGACAUUAUUGAAUAAAGAUGCUGUGUAAGAAUAAAAGGCAAUUUGUUACUCUGGGCUUUGAACUGAGCCAUGUGGCCAGACAGAUAGAUCAGAUACUGCUAUCUAUUUCAAGUGAGGAUGAUGAUAAAAAUAGCUUUGAUUUUAGCCCCUGUGCCUUUUCUUGAGAGGAUAAGGCACCGCAUAAAACCAAGAAAACCAGGCCUGAAAACACCUGACAAACUUUUAUUUAUGAGUGAAAUGUCCCUUUAAGAUAGCAACGCUAUGAAUUAUGGUUAACACAUUGAUGGAAUCUAUAUACAUUACAUUUUCUUAUUGUUUUGAUUCCUGACUCGUGAAACUUUAAAUAAUUUGCCAUGUCUCCAUGUUUCUUCCAGCAAACCUCUUUCUACCAGUUGCUCUACGCUGGCUGGCCUGUAAGUAAUGGACACCUCUCCCAUGACUAGGACUAGACUGGGAAUGCAUCCCAAAUGGCACCCUAUUCCCUAUAUAGUGCACUACUUUUGACCAGAGUCCUAUGGUUCUUGGUAAAAAAAAUGUGCACUAUAACGGGAAUAGGGUGCCAUUUGGGACACAUUAAGGGUCUUAUAGAGUAUAUGGGUUAUAAAAUACAGCAGGGUGUGUUUUGGUUCUUCCUGACACCGUUUUCUUCUCUGUGUGCCUGCAGAGGGAGCAGGGACCCCCAGGACCAGCUGGGGAGAUGGGGAAGACGGGCCCACAGGUGAGUGAAACCCCUUCCCUGCAUAUUUGGUCCUACUUUAGGUUUGGUAGAGAGUCUCAUCAUCUGGGUAGUAUACCAUGAAUACUGGUUUAAAUGUCAUGGUGCAGUUGAGAUGAACGCCUGAUCAAUGAAUCAACACUCAGCAAAAGUGUUGAUUCAUACUGUUUUAACCUCUGUAUUGUGAGUUAUACAUUUGUCUGUCCCUGUCUGUCUGUCUCUGUCUGUCUGUCUUGCUCCCCCCCCCCCCUCUCUUUCUUUCUCUCAUUCUUAUCCCACCCAGGGGCCAACAGGUGAUCCUGGCCAACAAGGGCCUCCGGGAAUAAUUGGAGAAAUGGUAAGGACUGAUGACAGAAUAAAUGUUUGUGGUCAUACGCACAUCCUUAAAAGCAAAGGGGCUGGGCUAAUAAAGUAUACAUAAAAAGAACAGAAAGGCCUGCACACUAUAUUUCAGUCCAAGAUGACCUGAUGAAAAUCCUCCGGAUGGAAACGUUGUCAUUAAAGGUAAUAAUUAGGAUCAUAGAGUGUGCUGGCCUUUCUGUUAUCAAAUCAAAAUAACAUAUUUUUGAGUACUGAUGACAUCCAAUCUGGGUUUAGGCACAUUACUGUUAUACAAUAACUCCCAAUGACCCCAUUGUUGUCCCUGGGAAAUUGGUCAAAUCAAAAACUGCUCAAGUUGUUUUUCAGCUGAAUUAAUAGAUGUCAUACUGCUAUGAGGAUUUGACUGUACCAAACAUGUACUUAAAGAAAGCGUGGGAUAAUCUGUUUAGCUUUUAGCACUUUGUAAAGCUAAAGGUAUUAGCAUAUAAGGCUCUUCCCACGUCCCUCACAACCACACAAACACAUUAGCACAAGGCUUGGAGCCUGAUUUCUAAGCUGUGCCUUUGUGGUAACAGAAAAACACAGACAAAAACAGAGAGAGGCUUUGCUAUGUUGUGUCUUAGCCAGUCAGAGACCUCAGCUGAACUGAGGACUGACGCUACGGGCCUAACAAGACGGCCCACAUCAGAGACUGCUGAGGUUUUGGGUACAGUUGUAAACACUUCCUCUCCUUCCCCAAUACGAAAUCUACGGUGUCUGGGCUGUGUGGCACACACGUGGCGUGGAGAAUGGCUGUAUUGUGUGUAUGUGUGUGUAUGUGUGUGUGUGCGUGCGUGUGUGUGUAUGCAGUGUGUGUGUGUGUAUACAGUGUGUGUACAAUAUGUAUAUGUACACCUGAGAACUCUUUUAUCAGUCAGGCACGCUUCUGCAUGUACAAUAUGAAUCACUGUCCACACACACGCGCGCACGCACACACACACAAACAAUAUCCACACUGCCAAGAGCUAACAGGUGUUUAAGCUAUCUGAUUUGUACAUGUUCUCCACCUGUCUGCAGUGCAGGUUAUUGAUGACAAGGAGGUCUAAAGUCUAACUUAAAGAUAUACUAAUAGUGUCUCCACUUCUCAUCCUCUUAAUAAGCUCUCAGUGCACCCUGCUGGGCAGGAAUGGUGCCAUGGUGCCUUAAAUAGCACCCUAUUCCUAUAUACUGCACCACUUUUGACCAGAGCCCUAUAUAGGAAUAGGGUGCCAUUUGGGAUGUAGCCCAGGUGUGUUAGGGUGUGUCCUCACUGUGUCACAGGUUUACACAGCCUCAGAUCAGGUGAUGGUGUCUCUGUCAUGGAUCCACAGCCUCUGAUUGGGUGAUGGUGUCUCUGUCAUGGAUCCACAGCCUCUGAUUGGGUGAUGGUGUCUCUGUCACGGAUCCACAGCCUCUGAUUAGGUGAUGGUGUCUCUGUCAUGGAUCCACAGCCUCUGAUUGGGUGAUGGUGUCUCUGUCAUGGAUCCACAGCCUCUGAUUAGGUGAUGGUGUCUCUGUCACGGAUCCACAGCCUCUGAUUGGGUGAUGGUAUCUCUGUCACAGAUCCACACAGCCUCUGAUUGGGUGAUGGUGUCUGUUAUAUUGCAGGGUGAGCCGGGCCCAAAGGGCGUGGCGGGCAGAGCAGGGCUCCAUGGGAAAUAUGGAGAGAAUGGGCAGGACGGUCAGCCUGGGAUGCCGGGUGACCCUGGGCGACAGGUGAGGUCAAAGGGCACCACUUAGUGAUUACAUGAUAACCCUCUGAUUAUGAACCCAUCUGUUCUCAGAAACAACCAUUCUAGCCAUUCUCUAUAUUUAGUGCACUACUUUUUGACUAGUAAGUAUUCCCUAAGAAGUGCACCAUAUUGGGAAUAGUGUGUUAUAUCUCUGAUUAUAUCAAUGAUUGCUGUCUCAUUUUGCUUAGGGACACUUCGGGUAUAGGGGAGAAAGCGGUUCCAAAGGAGAAGAAGGGGACGAGGUAAGGUGGUUGGACAGCGAAACACUGGUCUAAUGAAGAGUACCAAUGAAGAGCAUAAGUCCUUUACACUUUCUAUGAAGUACAUAUGUAUAAUGCUUUAACACAUCUGUUAUAAUGCCUUAUAGGGCCUUAUUGGAGCCAAGGGUCCAAGAGGACAUAUAGGAGAACCGGGCUUGAAGGUAAGACUCAAGUAUGAUUGUUGACUAUUGUUCCGUAAUUACUACAGUACCACACUGAAUUAAAGUUAUCCUUAGUCCCCAGUCUUCACUGGUCAAGAUUAUUAGUUGGAAUAUGCUGCCCCUUAGUGGAAAGAGUAAGUACUAUGAGAGCUGAAUGCUCUGGCUUGUACAGUUCAUGUCAGUUUACAUCAAAUGUUUUUUGAUUGUCUUUACUCAUAUCCCUGUAAUGCUCAUGUAUGCAUUUUGCUGAUGACUUUUGUGUGGAUAGCCCUCUCUAUUGAGAGCUUAAAAUGUGAUAUUUGUGUGUCCUGUAGGGCUCUAUUGGUUUACCAGGCCGUCCCGGUUAUGUUGGUCCACCAGUAAGUGUGUUUGUCUCACUGUAUGUGUUCCAAAUAGCACCUGUAUUCCCUUUAUAGUGCACUAUUUUUUACCAGAACCCUAUGGGUCCUGGUCAAAAGUAGUGCACUAAAUACGGAAUAGGGUGCCAUUUGAGACGCAGUCACUGUCUCUUUUCUUUCAAGCUGCCUUUUUUGACAUACUUUAUAAAACGUUUAACCCUAUGUCUGUCUUUUCUUCAGGGGCCUCAGGGAGUCAGAGGGGCCACAGGUCCCGAGGGAAACCCCGGACCUGACGUGAGUGACCCAUAGUAACAAUACUACACCUUGUUACAGAUUUACAGAUUCCAACAUUUCUGAAUACUUUAGGGUGUUAUUCAUCAGUAAUUGAAUGUGUCAUUGACUUGUGUCCAUGUGUUUGUGACUCUCCAGGGGGAGGCUGGGUUUGAUGGGCCUCCAGGGCCUCCUGGGUCAGUGGUGAGUAGACAGCAAACAAGUCUGUGCUUUCCCUACACUUCUUUGGCUGUCCCCAUAGGAGAACUCUCUGUGGAAAGGGUUUUACAUGGAACCCAAAAGGGUUAUGUCUGGAACCAAAAGGGUUCUACCUGGAACCAAAAAGGGUUCUUCAAAGGGUUCUCCUGUGGGGACAGCCAAAUAACCAUUUUAGGUUCUAGGUAGCACCUUCUAGGUAGCACCCAAUUCCUAAUGCUAUGUCACUCAUCCCAUAUCAUAUCACUCAGUGUGUAUAUUUCUGUUUUGCGUAGGGAGCCACUGGUUUCACAGGCCCUGUCGGCGAUCAGGGAGCUAAAGGCUCACAGGUGAGGUGAUAUUUUGACCCAGGAGAUGAGGGUCUUUCCAUAAUUUUUUUUACUUAACACCAACUUUACUGGUAGCUCUUUCUGAGUAUGUCAGCCUUCACCAAACGUAGCCUGCAUUUACCUUCUAGGGAGAGUUCGGCCCUGUUGGAGUCAUUGGCCCCAGAGGCCCCCAGGUAAGAGGAGACAUUUGCUUGUUGUGUUUUCUUGCCUAAAGUUGGGUCACAUUUAACAGAACUCUAUGCUCGUAAGACUUUAAGGGAAAUAUUACACACAUACUAUACACAUGUUUUUAAAUGACCUGAUUUCUGUAUAUUUCACCAGGGACCCCAGGGUUUAGAUGGCGAGAGUGGGCCUCCAGGACUCAGGGGAAUCCAGGUCAGUCUCACUCAGCUGCACAGUAAUUUUCCCUAACAGAGACUUGGGACCAGAUGAUUGACUAAUGUAUCAGAGGGAUUUCUCACCAUAAUAACAUAUAAUAUCUGGGGUUAAAGGUAAUCUGUACUGUUUUCAUAUUUUCACAGGGACAGCCUGGGAUGAGUGGUGCCCCUGGUCCGAAAGGUGAUCCUGUAAGUCUCUCCUCUCUUCUCUCAUAAAGUUCCUUCUGCUCUCGUAAACAAACUACUAUAAAUGUCUCUUUCCAACCCCCUCUUUUCCUUCCUUUCUCUGUCUUCCUCAGGGGCCAUAUGGGGA